UGGUCUACAACUAUUUAAAGAAUUAUCACAACAUAACCAGGUGAAAGCCAUAUCAGUAGUCGGACCAAUUGAUAGUGCAUUAGCUACAGCAUUAAGAGAAGGACACCUAUUCGAGUCAUUAGCAUUCGAAAAAUUAGUUGCUAUUGUAUUACCCACUAUUCCUCCACAUAAACCUCCAUAUGCACCAGUCCUACUGGAUCCGGUAGUAAUGCAAAAAGUCGAUCGGCUCAUAUUAGCGCACUGA